UUAACUAAUGCGGCUUGUUGAUCGCUUAGUGGAGAUGUCUGUCUGUAUCAGGGGCUGGGUUUCUAUUUUAUCCAAGAAGAGGAAAAUAAUUUAGUUUCAAGCAUGAUGAAACAAAUACAUUGAGUAUACACUGACAAAUGAUGAUUUAAAAACUUUCCAAAACUUACCAUGGCUAUAAGGGAGCUCAAGGUUUGCCUUUUAGGGGACACUGGAGUUGGGAAAUCCAGCAUUGUUUGCCGAUUUGUUCAGGACCAUUUCGAUCACAACAUAAGUCCAACCAUAGGAGCGUCAUUCCUGACCAAGACAGUGCCAUGUGGAAAUGAGCUACACAAAUUUCUGAUCUGGGACACAGCUGGACAGGAACGGUUUCAUUCACUAGCCCCUAUGUACUACAGAGGAUCAGCUGCUGCUGUCAUUGUCUAUGACAUAACUAAACUGGAUUCGUUCCAGACGCUGAAGAAAUGGGUGAAGGAACUGAAGGAACAUGGUCCAGAUGACAUUGUUGUAGCCAUAGCAGGGAAUAAGAGUGAUUUAGGAGACAUCAGGGAAGUUCCUAUGAAGGAAGCUAAGGAGUUUGCUGAAUCAAUUGCAGCUAUUUUCAUUGAGACAAGUGCCAGAAAUGCUGUCAAUGUUGAGGAGCUCUUUCAGAAAAUCAGUAAACAGAUUCCGCCCCUGGAAAACUCAGAGGUGGACAGCAAUGAUUCUUUUAAACUCACAAGACAGCCUGCUCCGUCCACCAGGAGGUGCUGCUAGUACCCUCAGCGUUUGAUGAGAUCACUUCCUUCCGCACUACAGACCCCACCAGCAUAGCACUUAGUCCACAAUGCACACAGCGUCUUACAAGACGGUGGAUAGACUAAAGUUGGUCUGCACGUAUGGUUGAUUGCAACAUGAAACAGAAAAACCUGCCAGCAGUAUUAUAUGGGUCAAUGCACCAGUUUGAACAAGCACAUUUAUUUAACUGCAGCAGUUUCAGAUCUGCUGAAGCCAUGAAGCCGAAAGCCUUCGGUUUGGCCCCCUCAGGUGGUGUUCUGGCUGAAUUACUGUGUGGUGUGAUAGAUGCAGAAGCUCAAAUUUUGCCCCAUUUUUUGUAGUAGCUUUUAAAUUGAGCACAAAUUAAGAACAAGUGGAAGCUGACCUGUUUUAUAAAGGCAGGAUUUGAUUGUUAAUUUCAAGACUCAUAUUCUCUGUAGACUUCCAAACAGCACACAUCGAAGUUCUUAAUAUUAAUCUUUAGCAAGUCUAACUCUUCUACCCAUGAAGCAUUUGAAUAAGAGGUCGUUAAGAACAACCCUUAGACGAGCAUUUAGCUGUGUAACUCAAACACGGCGGAUUUACAUUCCUCAUAUGUUUUUAUGCACAUUCGCUUUAGAAAGGUUUUAACUGUAAUGCAGCAGAAGGAACAGCUUAGAGGCCUAAAUCGCAAUUACAGCAUGACACCCCCUGCUGAAACACUGUGACCAAUGCUAGAAUUGUUUACAUGGUGAUUUGUUAAAGAUGUUUUCUACAUGCUGAAAUGUAUUGAGAUUUUGUUACAGGGAGUGACUGUAUACAACUGCCAAAUGUGUUUUUUUUUUUCCCCCAUAUAUUUUACCUUAAAAAGGGGGUUACAUUUGUAUUGUUAAUUAGAGAAAAGAACUGCAUGUAUUUGACUUUAAACAUGUGUAUAGCUGUUAGAUUGCAUAUACUUACCAACCUCUAAAAGAACUGUGGGGUGCAUAGCCCUAACCAUUUAAAUGUUACAAUGUUUAUAGCAGCACUUUUGCAUAUAUUUAACACAAUAUUAGCUAGGAGUUACUUUAAGAGUGAAAAUGUUUACUAUUACAGUUCUCCUUAAUUUCAGUAUAUGGUAAAAUAUUUGAAUGAACAUGAAAAUGACCUUAGUGAACAAUUGGUUCUGCAUAUGCAUAGCUUAAAAACAUGUUUACAUUUGUACUUAAGUUACAAAUGUGCACAGUUUUUACCAACAUGUAUGAUGGGAUAAAUGAUAUCUAUGUGUAAAAUCAUGCCAAACAAAAACAUACAGUGCACACCUUUAGGUAUGUGAUGCAGUUUUUACCUCUGAGGUUAAUUUGUAGCAAUUAGGCAUGUGACUACAAUCUUCCACUAAACUAUAAAACAGUAAUUGACUUAAAAUGAAAACUGAAAUAAGAGCUUCCUGUCACCAGAUGUAAAGAAUGUUAAAUCAGCUGCAAGAGUUAUGAUUGAAAACAACCUUUAUAAAAUCGCGGAUUGGAUUUCUCAGUGCACUUUGUUAUGACCCCCUUUUGGAGUUGAGAUUCCCAGCUGCACACGUGCCUUUUCAUAGCUACAGAAGUGGCUCUUAUAUCUUUUUCUAAACUAAAAUGUAUGAUAUGGCUAAAGCGUGCAUAUUGUUAGAAUAAUGCAUUAAUUACUAGUUUCAAUCAGACUAAACAUAUACAUAAAACUGCCAUUCUAACAGUCACCCUCAUACGGUUUGCUGCAGAAGUCAUGCUUCUCUGUUUGCUCUGUAGACCAGAUUAACAUCUGUAUAUUAAUCAGUGUAAUAAAGAAGUAAAUAGUCAAUUUCUGUUUUGUUACUGUGACAUUUUUACUCCCUCCAAUAAUGAAAUAUGUUUUUGAAAUGUUCGCGAAAGAUCUCAAACACUGUCAAAGGAUUACAACCGAAGCUGUGUGUCGUGGUUCAAGUUUUGAUAG